AACGCAUGGUAUAUGGUUUGUUACGGUCGGUUGCCGCGCAUAAAAAAUUAUUCGGCAUCGUUAUUUUGGUGUACUCGUACUGUGAUUAUUGAAAAACUGUGAUAGAAUUUGAAAACCUGACAUAAAUUUAAACUAACAGUGAAAGUGCACUCAAGUGAAAUUUAAAGAAUUAUAUAAAUUUAUACUAGGAAAGUUAAAACAUAUAGGGAAUAUAAAAACAUAACCUAAAAGAAAAUAAUAAUAAUGCCACGAAGAAAACGAGCUUCCAGUCCAUUUGAUGCAUUCGAUGACGAUUUUGAUGAGGACGCCAGUUCUCAAAGUUCCAAAAAUGGCAAUCCACCAAUACAACGUAACGCUGCCAAUGCAAGAGAGCGGGCACGCAUGCGUGUUCUCUCCAGCGCUUUUGGGCGACUCAAAACGAAGCUACCAAACAUUCCGCCGGAUACGAAAUUAUCCAAAUUGGACACACUGCGUUUAGCGACGAUGUAUAUUAAACAGUUAAAAGUGCUUGUAGAAGGUGGCGCAGCGACGGCAGAGAGUCCAGAGGCAUUUCAAGAGUCAGCGGGGAUUUUCAAUAUGCAGGGCGUGCCACAGAGUAUGACUUGGCCCUUCGGUUUCCAUCACAUGCAAAACAGCAACAGCAGUGGUCGACUACAAACACUCCAAUACUCGCCCACCGAAUGGAGUAAUUCGCGCAACGCUUAUUCCAAAUAUGGACGCAUGAGUAGCAUGAGUAACGGCAACUGUAGCAACAACAGCGCGAACUAUCAGCAAGAAACGGCCAAUAUGCUGCACACACACCACUGGUACACGGCGGACGAGCCCAUGGUGGAGGACAUCAAUGUAAACAACAACAAUUGUGUCUUUUUCGAACAGCAACCAGAACAUCAUGUCAAACAUAAUCAUGACAUAACACAAGUGCAUCAUCAACUUUAUCACACUAGCCACUCAAAUGCCCAAAGUUCAAUACGAUAGUCACAUACACAUACAUUGUAUAUGUAUUUAUAUAUAUUAAAUUUUUACAAUUGUAGUUGUAUACAUAUCUAUAUAUCUAAGAUUUUAUGCACAAAUGCAUGCUUUGCAAAUAAAAUUAAUUAUUUAAAUAUAUUCAAGGAAAUAAGUAUUAACACAAGUGUGUACGUAGAGCUAAUAGCUUAUUAUAAAAUAAAGAUUAAUUAUAUGGCCGUAUUAUAAAUUGCUUCGACCGUUGUCACUUA